UGAAGAGAAGUCCAGAACCAGCCCAUUCCUUCACGUUUCUUCCAAUGGAGACAUGAUGCAGCACCAGGCUUUUCACCUGACAUCGUCUUGCAGUCUGCACAUCUUCACAUUUCCUUUCGAUAAGCAGGCUUGCAACAUAACCGUGCUCUCCCCCAUGCAUUCAGAUAAGGAAGUGAAAAUGUUGGACAAAACGUUUUCCACUAAAUUGGAUGCCAAAGAUCGCAACCUGUACUUAACCAAUGGGGAGUGGAAGUUCAACAACAUCAGUGUUUUCCGUGAUACCAUGACUGGUCUUGAGAUGAACUAUAGUACGGUGACUUACCAGAUUUUUAUGCAGAGGCGUCCUAUUCUAUAUGUGCUGAAUCUGAUCAUUCCAACUGCUGUUCUCUUCUUCCUGGAUAUGGCUGUUUCCUUCACUUCUGCCAGUGAUUCUGAAAAGAUCAACGUCAAGAUCACAUUGAUCCUAGAAGUCUCUUUUUUGUCGCUGAUUCUAAAUAGUAUCCUGCCAGCAUCCUCAGAUGACCCCCCUAUAAUAGCAAAAUUUUUCAUGGGAGUUUUCCUGCUGAUGGUUGUCAGCCUCCUUGAGAAUUAUGUGACAAGGUCUCUGAAGGAGAUGAAACCUCCCCGUUGGUUCCUCAAAUGCGAGAGACUCAUUUCCUCUAGGAGAAAGAAGAAAACAUCUGAAAAAUACGUUCCUUAUCCUGAUGAGCAGAAAGAGCCCUGUGAUCACGCCCUGGCAGGCAAAGAAGAUGCAGAAGCAGAGGCUUACAUCUUCCUCAGAAGCAUCUAUUCAGAGGUGAAACAGAUGAGGGAACAGCUAUUUCCCGAGAAGAGCCAAGUGGCUACCAACGCAGAAUGGAACAGGAUCAUGGCCAUUACUGAGAGCCUGUUUUUCUAUGCUCGGCUGAUUUUCUCAACAUUGUUCCUAGCAUACAUUAUUCUGAAAUGGAGGGGUGAAAUGUGA